CCGCCGUCUUCGCUUGCCUGGCCGUGUUGGCCGUGGCUGAUCGCGCCCCCUACCCCGCCCCCCUACCUAUGCCCCACCACCCCCCCAAGUACCCCGCCCCCUCCCCUACAAGGAGCCGGAAUACCCUGAUGUUCCCCCAAGGUACAACUACAACUACGGCGUCGCCGACGGCUACUCCGGCGCCAACUUCGCCGCCUCGGAGUCCCGCGACGGCUACAAGACCGAGGGCAGCUACACCGUGGACCUCCCCGACGGCCGCAAGCAGACCGUCAAGUACGUGGACAACGGCGACGGUCUCGUAGCUGAGGUCAGCUACGAGGGCGAGGCUCAGUACCCCGAGUACAAGCCCACCUACAAGCCCGCUCCCCCCGCCUACGGCCCCCCUCCCCCCACCUACGCCUAAGAGGAUCAACCAAGAGGCUGGGUAACACAGACGAUGUCCAUCUCGCUUCUGGGUCUCGCCAGGCAUUUUCCUCUUAAUGUUUUUAGCACACAGUAUUAUUCAAAGUACCUUUGUUUACACUUGUUAUGAUUUUUCUCUCUCUCAUCUUUCCUGUUCUUCCUCGACGCGAACGAAAUUCAUCCCCGUUAUAGUAUUUAUUGUGCCAUUGUCUAUUUAAUAAAAUACGAUCAAUUAA